UACCUAUAAACUUCGCGAGUGAAAAGCUGAACGCGAUAUCCCUCCAAACUGGGUGAAGCUGUCCACAAUUUAUCGGAUAGUAUUUAGCCACACAGUAUGCAUGUGUGGGAUAUACGAAAAAUAUGCGAGACUGUAAAUAUUUGUCAGUUUCUUUCUGUUUCAAGCAGUAGACGCAUUAGUAAUUUGAGAUUCUUGCCUGUUUGCCACGAUGGAUGAAAUCAUGCUGGUGAAUAGAAACGACACGUUUAUUUGGACUGAGAAUCGAACAGAAAGCGAGAGUCACGGGGGUCCGGAGGUUAUUAUUGUCCCUGUCAUUUUUGGAUUUAUAUUUCUCUUGGGUAUCAUAGGGAACACUCUGGUUAUGAUCGUUAUCGGGAGAAUCAAGUCCAGGCGCUCCAGAAGUACCACCAAUAUCUUUAUUCUCAACCUCAGUAUAGCGGACUUGUCGUUCCUUCUUUUUUGUGUCCCGUUCCAAGCCACAAUUUAUUCCCUUCCCGAAUGGGUGUUUGGCGCCUUUUUGUGCAAAUUCGUGCACUACUUUGUGAUGGUGAGCAUGCUUGUGAGCAUCUUCACCCUCGUGGCCAUGUCGGUGGACCGCUACAUUGCUGUAGUUCAUGCAAAAAAGUCCCCAUGGAUUCGUAAUAAGAAGAAUGCGUUCGUUGGAGUUUGCGUUAUUUGGCUGCUGUCGUUUGUCUUUGCUGUGCCUGUGGCUCAACAUCAAACGUUGCUCGAACACAAAGACGCUCCAAACAGCUCAUUUUGCUGGGAGGAAUGGUCCGAAAAGGUGUCCAAACACACUUACAAAGUGACAAUACUGAUAAUCGGUUAUUUGCUACCGUUGGUUUUGAUUACAUGCUGUUAUACGAAGGUUCUGCACCAUCUCCAUAAAAAGAUAAAAAACAUGUCCAAGAAAUCGGAACGCUCAAAGAAAAAGACGGCUCAGACUGUGCUCCUGGUGGUGGCCGCCUUCCUCAUCUGCUGGAUGCCCCACCACAUCAUCGCCAUGUGGGCGGAGUUUGGCGCCUUCCCCCUCAACGAAGCCUCCUUCGCCUUCCGCAUCAUCUCGCACUGCCUGGCCUACGGCAACUCCUGCGUCAACCCCAUCCUCUACGCGUUCCUCUCCGAGAAUUUCCGCAAGGCCUGCCAGCAGGUCUUCACCUGCCACUUCCUCUUCCCUCCCCCGCCCGUGGAGAAGGUCGUCCGCAUCCGCCUGGAGAACUUCUCCACCACUCACUCCACCACUAACGUGUAGUAGAGCCACAAGGGAAGCAGGAAGGCUCCCUUCAUCCUGUGCCAGAAAAAAAGCACAUUUUUCAUUUCGUACGCACCCCUUAUCGGCAUAUAAAUAUAGGUGAUGUUCUUUUAUCUGGCUUUAUUGUAUUCCUUAGCUCUUUAUAAAUGGAAAAAAAAACCCAGCACUGAGCACUAUGAUGCAUUUGGUCAACAAUGAGCAUCAUCUCUCUCACUCUUAAAAUGAAACAAAACUCGGUUUUUGUCUUGGUUUGAAAUCGUAGAUUAAAGCCACAGAAUCUGUUCUGAUGUCGUAUGAAGGUUACUUACUACCUUAUAUAUCUGUCGAGUCCAACAGAAGUAUGAAAGAUAGGCUUUAAUGGAUGAGUGUCAUCUAUUUUAUGAGCUCAAAAGCACUACACAGAGGGCCUUGAAUACAAGUCACACCACUGUGCUUCUUUCCAUGAGUAGAAAUACUCUGCAUGUAUGUGGUCAUAUGUAUAUAAAUUUAGAAAAAAAAACAGCUGAGUUGUACACUUGCCAAAAUUAUACUUUUGUUCUCACAUCAGUCCAAUUUUGGCAAGAUUAUGGGGGGACAACCUGAAGCAAAUAUGUAUUAUAACACUCAAGUAGGCUAACUGGUAUUUUGCUAUCUUUUGAAACCUGGCUUAAACCUUUCAUGUUCACAAAAAAAAACUAAAUCAAUCUGAUUUAAUUGAAUCAGUUGGAAAACAUUGUUUUUCCUCCAUGAUAAAUUACAAAUUGCUACAGAAGUGUAAAUAACUU